GGGCACACGCUCUGGCCACUGUGCUUGACAAGGGGGAAUCCAGAAACACAGCAAUUGAUAGCUGUGCAUCCCCCAUGAUAGAAAGAGGAGAGUGAGAGUGUCCCCUCCCACAGGCCAACAAAGGAAAUUGUGAAGAAGAGAAGGAUAGAGAAGAAGGAAUGUCGCAGAGGGCUGAAGCAUCCAGCAUUGAAUCAGCCGUGUUACAGCAUCAGGACCAGAGAGGGAGAGAUGAGGCCUGAGCUGUGUGUCUGCUCCUGUCUACCAGAGGAGAGAGAAAGGCAAAUGCUGAAUAGAAGGAGCAUCACGCUUUCCAACACUGCAUGGUUGGAGGAACUGCUCUUCACGUAUCACAGUCCUUGUAAACCAUUCCCACGGUUUUAUAUGGGAUUUGGAAACCUAAUGGAAACAUUUCUUCUUCUGGUGGCCUUGUGAGAAUCAUUGGGAGGCAGAACUCCCCCAUUCUGGAUCGGGUGUAACAGUGGGGUUGCCUGGAUGUCAUUUUAUAACCAUCAGAGCUGAACAAUAAAACACAGAAAGUCUCUCUCUGUCUUUUGCAGUUGGCAAGCAUAGUCAGAUCACCCAUGCCAAUGACCAGGUAGCAGCACUUGAAAUCUUCAUGACUUGCACAACUCUGCCUUCUAAACAUCUGGUACAUCUUCAAAACCCAUUAUCAAACAGUCAAAUGUUCCCCUAUCAUCUAUACUCUCCUAUUAGAGCCGACCAAAUCUACCAACUUUUUACUCUACCCCAGGAAUAGUUUUAUCUGACAUUUAUUAUCUCUCCUGCAAAGGAGACUUGGCAGUAUUGUGUGUGGCUGUGUAUAGGGAGGGGGUGCAGGGCAAGAGGGGGGUUAGACGUUAAGAUGCAGAGCUCCCCCCAGAGGAGAGAAGCUGUAGAGGAGGCUGGAGGCCUCUCUCUGAAUCAUGUGCUCUCGGGGGGUGGGAAAGACCACGGAGCAAGGGGGACGCAGCUGCAGAGCUGGGGAGAGGGAGAGAAUUCGAGGGAGAGUCCGGGCUGUAAUUGGUCAGCUGGAAGGGAUCUUACGGGACCUCAAGGAAGUGGCCAAAGAACUGAGAGAGGUCGUGGAGCAGAUCGACAGACUAACUUCGGACUUUGAGUUUGAGCUGGACGCUGAUGACUGGACCCCAGGAACUGUUAGCAGCACAUCAAGCAGUGAAAAAGGAGGUCCUUUAUGUGACCUGGGACCCCUGGAUUUCCUGAGUUCAGACAGCUGGGAAUUCUGUUCUUUUUUAGAAGCCUCCACCCCUUCUGACUCUGGAGAUGGCUCAGACCGUCCUCCUGACUUUACGCUACUUAAUGGUGGGGCUACACCCAAUGGUCCAGAUUCCUCUAGUGAAGAAAUUCCUGUCCCUCCUCAGAAGCCCCUACCAACAAGAACCCCUGGCUCCAGAGACCGAGUAAGGUUCAGUGAUAAAGUUCUGUACCAUGCACUAUGUUGUGAUGACAGUGAAGAUCCCCCAUAUGGCCAAGACACUCCUAGAGAACCUCCUAGGCCCACUGUACCUUGUAAUGUUAUACGGAGCAGUAAAGGAGGAAUGACUGGAGUCAAGAGGGGCACGAGGAACUGCAGCACCCAGACAGUGUGUGACAAGAGCACCCAGACUGUGUUACCAUAUGUGCCAAAAAAGGGAAAGAAGGAACAGUGUUAAAGGUGGAAAAGAAAAGGGGUGUAAAGCGUAGCGAAUAGUAAAAGAAAUAUAGCUGUAGAGACAUUUGGGACAGUAAACAUAGGAUAACUGAAUACCAGAAAUUGUAAAAAUACAUAUAUCUAUAUAUUUCUUGAGCAGGUGAAUGAAUGGAAUGUUUGAAUGGAUGAAAUAACAGAUCUGUAGGAUUUUUAUGCAUAGAAACAGAGCAGUGUGAACAACUGAUUAAAUAGGUGUCAUGUUGACAUCUCUGCACACUAAUAUAAUAUGGGCAAUAUAUGGUGCACUUUUUAACCUUUCUUAUGAACUGGGGAAGGGGGCACUAGACUGGGGCCCUUUAUAACCCACCCUGUAACCUCACAUCUCCUACUGUGACCUCACAUGUCUUUCUGUCCCUGCGCCAGCAAAAUCUUCACCUCACAUGUAUACAAUUAAAGAGGAUAAA